AUGAUCGAGCGGGGAGGAGCGGAGCUCGUGAGCUUUGAGGGCCGUCCAGCCACUGCGGUGGUACAAGCUGGAGCGGAUAAUCCUUUGGCGGAAGAAAAAGAAAAGAUACGGGGAGAAGAAAAGGGGCUGCGACCGUCAACCGCGCAGCACACGCGUCGUCGUGCGAUUUCUUUAGUAACAGCCCCCAGUCCCUUGGCUAGGGAGGGGAAUCGUGCGCGAGGGGGGGUGCAGGACGUGAUUUCCCCUCCCAAGGGGACGUCUUCGCCCGACCCUCGUCGGCGACUCUCGCUGCAGAUUCCCGUGGCGGAGACAAAAGAGACGUUGCCGGGGGGUCGACCGUCUUCGGCGGUGCUCGCAGGAUCCCUCGCGGUGGAAGGCAACGAGGGGGUUUUGGCGUGGUCGUCGCUCUGUGAGAGGCCCGGGCGCUGCGAAGGGGUCCCCUCUGGGCGGCUGGAGGAGAUCCUCCGCGCGAAGGUGAUCGCCUUCGAGGUGCGUUGCCGCGAGCGCCGGCGGGCGCAACGGGAGGUUCGCACGCGGCAAGAAGCCCAUCGAGCCCACCUUAAGGAGCAACUCAACGAGCUCUACACGCGGACCUUUGAGACGUCCGUCGCGCAGCUGCAGCAGCAGGAGCGAUUGAACGCAGGGUCGGUUGCUAAGGCCGUCUUUACGGCGGAGACGCCGCUGCCGACGCCGUUCCUUUCGGUGAAAAAUCGUUCAGAAGGGGUUGAGCGCCACGCGGGCGGCGUCGCGACGUCCUCUUUCUUCACCCUUCCCGAUCUCUCCACGACGCAACGACCGGUUAGGGAGGGAGGGGGGACGGUUGAUGCUGUUUGUCCAUCUUUGCGGCCUUCCAGCGGCUCUGCCGCGCUGCUUCCCGGGGAUGUUUUGUAUUCCAGCACGCACGCGACCGCGCGCGCUAAUUCAACGACUCCAAGUAAGCGUUUUGAUACCCAAUGGGAUAGGGGGAUGUGGGAUACCCGCUCGAAGGAGACUUCUGCGAGGUAUCCUUUAAGUUACCGCCCUGGCCAAACCAAUUCUGAGACUUGCAACGCCAAGAACAGUUGCAGUGGACGCUAUUCCGCACCUUAUGGGAUUUUGUUAGAUCGUAUGGCGCAGUCGGCUAUCGAGGAGGCCACCGCUCGGCAGCAUUUAUCCGACAUUCGUCAACAGCGUCGACAUAGAGGGAGAGGGGGCUUCGCUCCUUCCUUAAGCAGGGGAUCGGAUGGAAACUCCGUCUCGUUUUCCCGUUUGACAGACAAUGCACUGGAUCAAUGCAUUCACAACACCUCUGUGCGAUUUCGAAGGGGUGAUGCGGCAUGUGGGGUGGACAGACUAAAUUUGCCCCCUUCUUCCCUGGAGUCCGACGUGAAGUCCUCGUUUUUGGUUUCCUGCGAUGGUGCACCCCUGGCAGCUCUGCUUCUUUCCGGGACCACGGCGGAGGACUCUUUGCGAAACCCACCCAUAACGACAGCGGCGAGUCUUUCUCUUGGUGAGACGAAUGUAGCCCAAUCUGUGAUGCGGGAGGCGAAAGAGGCGGCUACAAUUGCGUAUAUGACGCAGCGCUUUGCUCAGCAACCGCCACAGCGGAUAUCGCUGUGCCCGCGGUUUAUUGCGCCCCUCCUGAAUUCGGAUACGGGGUUGUGGGAGUCCUCUUCGGUGGAGGAAGUGGACGAGGCGCUGCGGGGGCAUCCCCGUGCUCGCCCUCCGCGUUUGCGCGAGGAGCUGCGGUGGCGCUGGAGCGCCCCCCCUUCCUCCGAGGAAGGGUCGUCGACCUCGGAUUCGCCAUCCUCCAAAGGAAAAUGCGAGGACGCCGAGCGUAGCUCCACGGGAGGAAGUGAAUCGGAGAGCGAAGACGUGUCGGUAGGUACGGAAAGGCGGUACCGCACUCGGCACCACUCCGAUUACACUCGUCGUAAAAGCGCUAGGAAUCCCAACUCUUCCUCGCAGGAUAUUUCGUUGACCACUUCUCUAAAAGCAGAGAGAAGGGGUAAUAGAGUCAAGAGCGGGAAUUCCACUAUUACAGAUAGCGGUGGGUUGAAACCCCUCAAAAGCCCCAUUUCUAGCACCAGCAAAAACACGAGAAGUACCUCAGAGAGAGACGAUAGGGUUGACAGCGACUUUACCUCUGAUUCAUGCACUAGUAAGGCAUACGAAGAGUCUACUGAAGAGGAAGAGGACGAAGAAGAGGAAGAAGAAGAAGAAGAGGAAGAAGAAGAAGAAGAAGAAGAGGAAGAAGAAGAAGAAGAAGAAGAGGAAGACUUCAAGCUCUACAAGGCACUUUACGAUGCUGAGAGUGGUCACCGGUACUUUGACUACAGCCUGCCAGUUACACUGGAGUGCAUUCCGUCAAGUGCCCUAAACACGCAACCCAUCAUCAGCGCCCCCACCUCCUCAACGAACAGCUCCUUUACGGAGGUGCGUGAGAAUCUGACGUCCGCCAAGUCGCCAAUUGCGCCACGAAAGGAGCUCCCCCUCGUCAAGAAGGAGAGUCGCGUAGCGCAAAACCCUGUCAGGGUUGAUUUAACCCAACAAGACGGGUUAAAACCGUCGACUUCGAAGCCAUCGACUGAAAACCACCCUCUUCGGGCGGCCGGUGCGGUUCCGACGCCACGUCAGCCGCUCGCGAGGGAGUUCGAGGCGGAGGACGGGCUUUUUCUCGUGGGGCGUAGGAUGCAGCGGCCGAUCCGACCCGCUCCUUUCGCGCGUACGGCAGCGUCAGGGCGUGCAGAUUCCCCACGUGAGAGGCCGCAUGAAGGGAGCUUGCCGGUGACCUUGAAGAAAAAUCCACCCACCACGGAACCCCUCGCCGAGACGACGACGAUGGUGCCCCCAAAGAUGAAGGACGUUAUGGCGAAGCGUGUAAGCGUACGUGAGCACCUUUCCCCGUCGUGGUUGAAUGAUCAUGCUGUAUCGCUAACCUUGCCGCUUUUAUCUCUGCGCAUGCGGACUCGUCUUUUGGGGGUGUUGUGGCGUGUGCAGCAGGCGCUGCGAAAGUGGCAGCUGGAUGCGGUGCUGCUUCGCAGCUGCAUCGACGACGCGAAGGGGAAUCACGUGCCCGCCGCCGCGGAGCUCUUGAAAGAUUUUGGGCUCUAUUUUUGCAUUGAAACUCCCGCCGCAAUCGAGCGCACUGCUGGCUUUCGUAGAGACCAAACAUCACGCCCGCUCCAAACUCACAAGUCAGCACAUAAAACCUUGAAAGGGGAGAAUAAGCGUCCUGGGAAAGAUUUGUCAGACGUUGAUGGGCAGUUUUCAGAACUGAGGAUGGGGCCUAAUACGUUAAAGCGGUUAACAUGCGAUGAGGAUUGGUCCGCCGUCAUGGAGGUCUGGAAAACUCAAUAUGCCGCGCGACCUUUUAUGCGGCUUUAUCUGCGCAUCCCUGAUAAGUUAUCCACUGAUUUUGAUAGCGUAUUACCGCGUCUGCACUUGGUUCAGGAAGGGGUCGAAAAGAAAAGCUGA